AUGCAAAGGAGGCCAGCGAGGAGCCUCACCACAGUCCCGCGCAAUGAAACCCUUGGCUCGGCCGCCACCGCCGCCUUCAGGGCGCCGCGAGGGGUCCUUCUGGUCGACCGGCGGGACUCGCGGCCCUCCUGCCGGUUGGGGCCUUCCGUGCCAGCCCGGGCCCCGGCCACGCGGACCCCACUUCCGCUUCCGGCCCCGGGCCAAGGUGGCUGGCGGCGCCGGGCAGGGUGGAAGGCGGUGGGCGCCGGGCGUCUGGAGCAGCCUCGGCGUGGCCGGUGGGCUCUUGGGAGCGGACGCGGCGGGGCCCCGGCGGGCAGGGCGGGCGGCCCAGGGCGGAUGCGGCGGCCUCUGGCCCCGGGCGCCGUGAUGGCCCCGGGGCGUGAAGGUGAAGCGCGAGGCUCGAGGAAGCGAGGCCGGCGGCUGGCGCCAGGGCCUGACGAGGCGGGAGGCUGCGGCCCUGAGGCCGCGGGGCGCGAAGAGAGCAGGCGUGAAAGAAUGGUGUCCCGGGCGCCGGGGAGAGAAGAGAUGGAAAGUGACAAGCCGGGUGAGGCGUCUGGGGCGGGGAAGACCGCAAGGCUGCGAGUGGAGGGGCCGGGGGACCAGGUGGGCCGGUCGGAGCCCGCAGGCAUAGGAGCAGCGAAGGAGGCGGAGCUCCCCUUGCAAUUGGGAAGACACACCAAGGAAAAAAGAAAAGUUACUGAAGCCUUGAGUGAUGAUCCACAGCCCGAGAUUGAUGUGGUAAGAAAGGAAUCAUUAACCAGUUCGGAAUCUUUCCAAACAGUGGAGUGCAGUGAAUAUCAAAAUAUGGCUUUGUUGCAGUCUUUGGGUAAGGAAAGUUUGGUAGAAGGUAUUAGAAGAAGAAUUCGAAUAAAAAAAUUUAAAAGCUUAGAAAGCCCACCUCUCAAAAUAACUGAAAAUGAGGCUACACAAAAUAUUAAGGUUGAAUUCCAAGAUGAACUGUACAAGAAUACUCCAAAAUAUUCUUGUAACAGCUUGUCACCUGGAGUAGAAAAUAAUUCCAUUUUAAAAUUACAUGAUUGCAAUUGUUUCCCCCAUUCCAAGGGCUGUAAUGAUGAAAACAACUUGACAUACAGACCUGAUGGUGGAUGUAUGCAUGUAGCGGAGAAUUCUUCAAAGUUAAAGAAAGAAAACCUUACGAAUCUUGCAGAGAAGAGUAACACAAAUAGUAUUCCUCAGCUCUUACAAACUGAAGAAAAUUUAAUGGGAGUGAGUAAGUUACUGCAUGAAGAAAGUGAUUUAUACCGAAGUAAAAAUAAUGGCUUGCUUUCCUGCCUUCAAAGUGAAAAAAAUAAAUAUUCAGUAGAGGAGAGCAAUGUUGGGAGGAAACCCAGAAAAAGGAUGAAGUUGUCUGGAAAAGGAGAUGCAACGGCUAUUGAGAUGAAUUUCUCUAAUGUAUGUAACAAGUCUGAGUUAGUGUUGCAAGAAAACCAAAUGGGUGCCAAGGGUAAAGAAGCAGAGACUUCAGAGGCUAAAAAAAAUUCUUCAAAUAUUUUGAGAAAAGUAAACCAUAAUGUGCACUCUCCAAUGGAUCAUUUAUUAAGCCUCCCGGAAACAGUAGGAAAAAAACCAAGUCCUGGACAUCAUGUAAAUGCUGUAUUUCAGAAAACCUCUGAACCACCUUUGAAAGAAGAAACAAAGAAUGCUUCAGAGCCAUUAGGAUGUAAAAGCCUAGAGCCAGAAGAGUAUUUUAAAUCCAUGAAAAGCUCCACGGGAAAAUUACCUAAUGAUUACCAUCAUAUUGAAAAGAGAUCUUCACGGGAAGAUUUAAGAAAUGAAGCUGAAGAAUUGAAGGUAAGCUGUCACAGAACAAUACCAAUGACUGGUAAAAGAACUUGGCCUUGUUAUUCAUGUGCUAGAAUAUCUGCCCAGUGUUGGAAAAAGGCUUCUUUGCCAGGAUCAAAUUAUGUUAUUCCUGUGUCUCAGAAAAGUUUUGGGCAAGAUGAUUUUCUUAAACACCAAACAAAUCAGACUCACUUAACUGACUCCAAAUUAUUGUUAGAAAGUUCCUUAACAGAAACAAACAUUGACUCUUCAAGUAAAGAGAAAUUGGAUUCUCAUUUAAAUUGUUUCUCUUCAGUUUCUGCAGUAGAACCUACUUUAAUGGUUACAAAGGAACCUAUAAUCAAGGAUGAUAAAAAGAUAAAGCCAGAAGAACUGAGCAGAACUGGGUCAGAGGUAGUUUCUAAUACUACUGAAGAUAUUCUGUUAACUAAUAUGACUCAAAGCUUAACAGUCAGUAAAAAUAAAGACAGAGGAAAUUUAACAAGACUAAAUUUGACAAUGGCUUCCCAAGAUGGUCAGGAAGCAAGUAACUCUACAGGCAAAACUAUUCAUCGAAAAGCGUGCAUUGCUAAACAAACACUUGUUCCAGACUUGUUUAAAAUAUUGAACACAGGACGGCUGACUAAUUUUAAAAUUCCUCUACUUAAGAAUAAGACAGAAAAAAGAAAAGAAGUAAAUGCCAAGUCAUCAGAGAGAGAAGCUUACAGUCCCUUAGAACUUCUUGAUAAUUUAUCUGGAGCAGAGAUAAGACAGAAUAGAAAUAAAGAAAGUGUCUCCACAUCAACUUCAGGACCUCAGUCUUUGAGCAUGCAAAAUAACAUAACUCCAGUGCAAGUGAGUUCUGAGUCAUUCUACAGUAAGAAUCCCUAUAGUAUUUCUCCGGGCUUUACAAAGCAGUACAGUAAUGGUAAUAAAGCAUCUAAUUACAUCUCUGAACCAGGCCGUAUUGUUUCUAAGAAGGAAGCUGUUUCUCUCACAGUUGAAAAUAAUACUUUUUCUUGUGAUCCUGGGUGUAUAGAGAAAAGUUCUUCCUUCUGCUCUGAUGUACAAGAAACCUUCCAACGAGUUUCCGGUGAAGUUAGUGGUAGAAAAAUGACUAAGAAUUUUUCAGAAAUCAAAGUGGAGUUUCCAGAUAUUCUUAAAGCAUAUGAAGAUGAUGUCCUUGUAAUUGAUGUAAUUCAAGAUGACCCAGACCUCUUUGGAGUCUCCAAUGAAGGGGAACUGUCAUUUGCUUCAGAAGUCCCCAUGAUAAGCCAGGAGCCCAGUGUUGCUGAAGAGCUCCAAUCAAUAGACUCCAAGCAUAUGGAACUUCCAGGAAAAAAAGAACCAAGUGAUGACUUGAGAGAACUUCCUGUGCUGGACCCUGGGUUGAUGAAAUCAGACAUAUGUGCUUCCUUUUCCACAGCAAAUGAAAUAAAACAUGAUUCCAAAGAUGCAAAUGUUUCCUUAGGAGAAGUUACCAAUGAGACUUCUGAAAAUGAAAACCUGGGAGACUUCAGUGAACAAAUAAAAGGUUCAGACUUGGAUGAAAAGUAUAGAUUUUCAGACAAAGUAACUAUUAAAGAAGAAAAAGAAAAUGUUCAUGAAGUUUGCAAAAGCAAAGAUUCUAGAAAUGCAGACAUUGUGGUUGGUGAAUGUCAAUUAGCAGCACUGAUCCCCAAACCUCUGUGCUUGUUAGUACCUCCUUUGAAUCUAAGUAGUCAUCAAGAAGACACAAUACUGAAGCCCUGGAUGAAUGAUUUCAGAUUUCCAGGAAAACAUUCUGUCCUAAAGCUGCAGAAUCCUGAAAAUUGUGAAAUAUUUAGGAGGGAAAAAAAUGUAGGGGUGUUCCAGAAGCCCCUAGGGUUGAUGAUACCCCAUAGAUACUGCAAAUUUCAUUUUAAUACGUUACGUGGUUGUGAACGAUCACAAUGCAAGUUUGCUCAUGUGCCUGAGCAAGGGGAUGAAAAGAUUUGCAUGGAUGUGUUUAAGAAAUAUAUAAGCAUCAAUGAGCUGUGUUUGCUACAACGUGCAGUAAACAUAUUUAUGGAGUACUACAGAAAAUUUCCCCCGGGUAUACACUUUGAUUUACAAGUGCUAAAUGACCUUCUAAAUUCUUUACUCACACAUUGUUUAUUGAAAGAAGUAUUUCAGGUAGUGAACCUCAGCAUAAUGGUUAAAAUGCCGCCUGCUCUGAAAAUAUUACUAAAAAUAUUUGAACAUGUCACAACUAUGAAAUUAAGGACUGCUGUACCUGCUUUAAUUGAUAUAUUUUGCAAGCUUAUUGAAGCUGGGAUGGUGCUUGACCCAGAACACUUUAACUAUAUUGUUAAGCUCUUAUGCCAAUUACAGGCUUCCAAGCAAGAAAUAACUGCAGUUCUGGAAAUGAAAUCCAGGUUACAGAUGAGGCCACUUAAAAAGAACUGGAAGUAUGAUUUAGAUUCAGCCUUGAAUGAAAUAGAGCAUUGUAAAGAAAAAGGUGACUGGACCAAAUUGGGAAAUUUAUACAUUAAUGUAAAAAUGGGCUGUGAAAUAUUUGCGGAUUUCCAGAGAUUUUGUGCUUGCAUUGCUGAAACAUUAAUAAAAGACUGUACAGAAGAAAGACCAGCUGUUCCUUUUUGUGAAUUUGCUGAAGCAGUUAGCAAAGAUCCACAAAAUAGUGAAGUAGAUAAAAGUUUGCUGGGAAGAAUCGGAAUCAAUGUUAUGUACUUCUAUCACAAACUGUUUCAGUGGUCCAAGGGAAGGAAGGUCUUAGAUAAACUAUAUGAAUUAAAAAUACAUUUUACAAGUUUAAAAGGACUUAUAGGGCCUGAAAUGUUAGCACCAAGAUGUCAAAUUGUGAAUGUUGCAGCAGAAAUUUUUCUAAAAAGUGGAAGCCUAGAUGGUGCCAUUUGGGUAUUGAGGGAGUCAGAAUGGAUAAUCAAUACACCACUGUGGCCUUGUGAUAGACUGGAUGUGCUUAAUCGACAUAAUUUGCUCUGUACAAUUGCACAUGAAAUCUUAGCGAAGAGCCUUUAUAGGCAGACAUUUGAAGUUUUGCAGAAUCUACCAGGUUUUCAAAAUUCUCAAGAAACCGUGGAGGUUUCACAGUAUAGCCUUCUUUUUAAUAAACUUCUAGAUGCCUGUAUAGAAAGCAACAGUCUUGGUGUGUCAUCCUCUGUAGCAGAAUUCAUGAUUUCAAAGAGCAUCCCUAUUGAUUUUUCCUUUCUUAGAAGAUUAAUUACUUCUUUAGGAAGGAGUUGUUUAUGGCUCAAAGCCAGAGCCCACUACAAAAGUGCUCUUUCAUUGGGUUGCUACCCACCAUUGGAGGGAAAUUUAUACCGAAAACUUCUACUGAUUCCUUCUUAUUUAUCUGAGAUUGAAAUGCUUUUAGCUAUUGAAAUCUUCCUGGUAUCUAAUGCUAGUAGUAUUCAGAGUCCUGGAACUUCUACACAGACACUGCAGAUAGUUUUGAAAAGGUGUGAAGAAAACAAAUCUCGGAGCAAGGAUGAUUAUCAAGCUGCAGUAGAAAGGUUAAUUAUGGCUGCUCGUAUAUCGGAUCCAAAGCUUUUCUUUAAGCACAUGACUGUCAAUGUUAAUAAGGAACAGGUUUAUAGUUUGGAACAUUGUUCUGCCCUGAAAUGGCUGAAAGAAAAUAUGAAGUGGGCUGGAAAGGUUUGGCUUUUCAGUAACCAUUAGUUAAUACAGGCUUUUUUUUUUUUUAAGUUCAAGUAAUCAUUGUUGAAAAUAAAAGGCAAUAAAAAUAAAGACAGUUUUCACUAUA